UUCCUGAAAAAACAGUUAAUAAAAUCUUGUUUUCUUUGUCCUUGUCUUCCCUCCAUUGUGUAAGAAUCAUGACCUGGAAUCACACAAAUCCAUCCUCCACUACCCGAUUCCUCUUCUAUAUCAGCGAUAAUAACACCCAAAUUACAUAGCUUUUCACCCAGGAAAACGCUUCACAGAUUGGUUGCUUUAACACCCACAAGCCUAAGCCUUUGAUUGCAGUAGCUUCAACCUUUAUUGAAAUGAGUUCAGGACUCAGCAGUACUGUACAGUUGUGUAGUUUCAGACCCAGGAGCCAGAAUUGUAGAUUUGGCUCUGUUUCUUUCAAUUCUCACGGUCUCAAUAAAUAUAAUUCCGUACCCAGUUUCGAUAGUGAUAAGAAACUUGGCAAAGUGAAUUCGGGUUUUUGCCAGUUGAAGAAAGAUUUUGUUUUGAGCGCAAAGCAAGGUUUGACUGUAGAUAAAGAGGUGGAUGUAGAAGGAAAUGGAGGAGUCAGCAAAGAAAGGAGCAACUUUGAUGCCAUUGUUAUUGGGUCUGGAAUUGGUGGGUUGGUUGCUGCUACACAGCUGGCGGUGAAGGGAGCUAGGGUUUUGGUUUUGGAGAAGUACGUGAUUCCUGGCGGUAGCUCUGGCUAUUACCAGAGGGAUGGUUAUACAUUCGAUGUUGGGUCUUCUGUGAUGUUUGGUUUCAGUGAUAAGGGAAACCUGAAUUUGAUAACACAAGCAUUGGCAGCAGUUGGUUGUAAGAUGGAGGUGAUUCCUGAUCCAACCACUGUCCAUUUUCAUCUGCCAAAUAAUCUUUCUGUUCGAGUUCAUAGAGAGUAUGGUGACUUCAUCUCAGAACUUAUUUCUAGAUUCCCUCAUGAAAAGGAGGGGAUCCUCAAAUUCUAUGGUGACUGUUGGAAGAUAUUCAAUGCCUUAAACUCAUUGGAAUUGAAGUCACUGGAGGAGCCAAUUUACUUGUUUGGACAAUUCUUUCAGAAGCCCCUUGAAUGUUUGACACUGGCUUACUAUCUUCCUCAAAAUGCUGGAGACAUAGCUCGAAAGUACAUAAAGGAUCCUGAGUUAUUGUCUUUUAUCGAUGCAGAGUGUUUUAUAGUGAGCACAGUUAAUGCAUUGCAGACACCAAUGAUUAAUGCAAGCAUGGUUCUAUGUGAUAGGCAUUUUGGAGGGAUUAACUACCCUGUUGGUGGUGUUGGUGGUAUUGCUAAGUCGUUGGCUAGUGGUCUGAUCGACCAAGGGAGUGAGAUUUUAUACAAGGCAAAUGUGACUAACAUCAUACUAGAGCAUGGAAAAGCUGUUGGAGUGAGGCUGUCAGAUGGAAGAGAGUUCUUUGCCAAAACCAUAAUAUCCAAUGCCACCAGAUGGGAUACCUUUGGAAAGUUGUUAAAAGGAGAAAAGAUUCCAGAAGAAGAAGAAAAUUUCCAAAAAGUUUAUGUUAAGGCUCCAUCUUUUCUUUCUAUUCACAUGGGUGUUAAAGCUGAGGUUCUGCCACCAGAUACAGAUUGCCAUCAUUUUGUGCUUGAGGAUGACUGGGCAAGAUUAGAGGGCCCUUAUAGCAGUAUAUUUUUAAGCAUUCCAACUGUUCUUGAUUCAUCGCUAGCUCCUGAGGGGCACCAUAUUCUUCACAUAUUUACAACUUCUUCCAUAGAAGACUGGGAGGGACUCCCGCUUAAGGACUACGAGGCAAAGAAGGAGCUUGUGGCAAAUGAGAUAAUAAGCAGAUUGGAGAAGAAACUGUUUCCAGGGCUCAGAUCAUCUAUUUAUUUUAUGGAGGUGGGGUCACCAAAGACACACAGACGAUACCUAGCUCGUGAUAAAGGCACCUAUGGACCAAUGCCACGUGGAACUCCUAAAGGCUUGCUUGGAAUGCCAUUCAAUACAACAGCUGUAGAUGGUCUUUACUGUGUUGGCGAUAGCUGCUUUCCUGGACAGGGUGUGAUAGCUGUAGCCUUUUCCGGAGUCAUGUGUGCUCACCGAGUAGCUGCUGACAUUGGACUGGAGAAAAAAUCCCCUGUAUUGGAUGCUGCUCUCCUUCGACUUCUCGGCUGGUUAAGGACAUUGGCAUGAGUUGUGUGAUGGGGGACUCAAAACACAACUGACAAUGGGAAGCUGAGGGGCAACAACGUACAAAGGGUUAGAAGUUAAAUGAAAAUCUUCUAGCUAUUGAAAGGCAGGUAUCCUGAUAUGCAGACUUGUAAUAAACUUUGACAUUUGAAUCAUCUUUCGUAUUACUAGUUCACAUUUUCCUGAGGCUGCACCAACAUGUACAAAGCUACAGAAACAUUCUUUUUCUUUUCUUUCAUUUCAAUAAUUGUUUCACUUUAUCUUAGUGGUAACCGUGUAAAUUUUCUGGAAAAGAAAAUCAUUAACUGUUCGGAACAAACGCAAGAAUUCAAUAAAUUGAUUUUUUUUUCUCUCAA